UUUUCAUUCAUAAUUAUUGUUUAAACUUAGUCGUUUAGUGAAAGUUGACAACAAUCAUGAACAAAUGUUAAAGAUUUCUCAAUAAAAUGGAUAUUAAAGAAGAACAGAUAUCUUAUAAGUUGCUUUGCAAUGCUUGCCUAUGCGUUGGGAGGAAAUUGCAUAAAAUAACUGAUGAGAAAACACAAAAAUACUACUUGAAUGCGCUGGACGAAAUUCCUUUGUACAAUCCAUCUUCAGUCAGUCUCCUGAUAUGCUGGGAGUGUAAAGCUCUGCUGGAGAAGAGUGUAGCUUUUAAGGAGCAGGUGCAGGAUUCAUACCGGAUAUUACAGACUUAUACUCAUGAGAAUCUCCACGAAUGCUUGCUAUCUGACGUGAGCCGUCCGCCUCGCCUGAAACUCCACAAAACGGAUCCAGUAAACAUAUUACCGUCAGAAGACUUGGAAACCUUUUCGGAACCUAUUAAUUGCCUUAAAUAUGAAUUUAAAGAGGAAUGGAGGGAUAAAGGUGAUAAAAACACAUCGAAUGAUGGUAGCGUACUGUCAGAAUCAUCUGACAAUACGAAUCAAUUUGAACCCGACAUUCAGGAUGUGUGUUCCGCGAAGAGGGGAGAAAAAAGAAAGAGAACUGUCGACAAAAUAAAGAGGACCAAGAAGGAUAAAAGAAAAUUAAAUAAGAAUCUACAAGACUGUCUAGCGUCGGACGUAAGUGAAAACCUCUUGAAAUCCACUUCAGAACCAACGAAUUUGUCUUCCGAAGAAUUUGAAACAUUCCCAGAAGUGCCAAUCGUGUGUGUUAAAGAGAAAUUCAAAGAAGAAUGGGAUGAGAAAGAAGACAAAAAUGUAUUGGACGACAGUGAUAUGCUUUCGGAUUCAUCUGACAAUACGAAACAGUUUCAAUCUGACAUUCAAGAUAUUAUGUGCGAUUUGAAGAAGGGAGAUAAGAGAAAGAGAGUCAGUACUAAGAUCAAGAGAACGAAGAAGGAGAAGAGAAGUAAGCCAAAAUCAAUGAAGGAACACAACCAAAAGAUACUUACCAUAGAGCUAACUUACGAAGAGAUGUUGUUAGAAAGAGAUAGAGAAUCGACCAGAGACACUUAUUUAAAGGCUGAGUAUAAAUGUGAAACCUGUUUGAUCGGAUUUAAUUAUAAAAAGUCUUAUUUAGCUCAUGUAGCUGGCAAACAUUCUGCGGAUCAAGGUGACUACAUUUGCCCCAUAUGCAAGACUAUAAUACCAUCGAUUGAAUCUUUUACUGCGCACUAUAAGCGGCAUAUGAGAAGAUACGAGUGCAGUAUAUGUCACAAACGUACUUUGGAUAUUAAGGUUAUGCAACAACAUUAUUACUCCACGCACGAGAUUUCCCUCAAGGAGUACAAGUGCAAUCUGUGCGGGAAGAUUUCCAAUUCAAUAGAUACACACCGCUACCACAAGGACACACACAAGGCUCGCGUCCAAUGCACAGAGUGCGACAAGACCUUCAGGCAUAGAGCAGGACUUAUGAACCAUAGACUGGCGGUACACGAGUAUCACAACGCGUUUCCUUGCACAAUAUGCGAUAAAGUUUUCAGAUGGAAAACCAGUUUGAAACGGCAUUUAGAAAAACACGAGGUUAAGGGAAAGACAUCGUCGUCGGCAGCAUAUUGUUCAAUGUGUAAUGUUAAUUUCUCAUCAAUCUGUUCGUACCAGCGACAUAUGAAGAACAGUUUAAAACACGUCACACAAGAUCAACUCAAGUUCAUCUGUGAUCACUGCAACAAAAGGUUUGCUGACAAAACGAAGCUCAGAGAUCAUAUUGAAGAGAAACAUCUUCACAAGACUUAUCAGUGCCACAUAUGUCUUAAGCCGUCAAAGAACAGAGUGGGGUUAGACCAACACAUACGAAACGUGCACAAAGGACGACCGAACAAUAAGAUGUGCCAUCAUUGCGGAAAAGGAUUCCCUACGAAAGUGCAGUUAGAAUCUCAUAUCCGCACACACACCGGAGAGAGGCCGUUUAUAUGUGAAUUCUGUCCGACCACGUUUUCUCAACAAUCGAACCUUUAUAAACAUAAUCGCCAAGUUCAUCUAAACAUAAAAUCGAAGCGGUAUCCCUUAGGUAAGAGAAAGGAUGACAGGCCCCCAGAGAUGCAACCUUUGGAUCCUACACCCGUUGACCAGUUUAGACUUCCGAUGUUACAGUAUACAAAUGAGAAAUCUUUUGUUAUAUAAUACUAGCAACUGUUUACAGAUUUUUCCAAACUAAUAUUAUAA